AGGGGGGCAGGGAGGAAGGAAGGGAGGGGGUGAAGUGAAGUGAGGUGAGGUGCCGGCAGCCGCCUUGUCGCUUUGCUUUCUGCAGCCGGUGCGGAGGAGGGGACAGCCCCCGGCAGGUGUCCCGGCAUGCUGAAAGUCACCAUGCCGUCCUCCUCUUCCUCCUCCUCCUCCUCCUCGUCUUCCUCCUCAUCCUCCGGCUCCUCGGCCGCUGGCCGCCCCGGGUCCGCCGCGCCCGAAUAUUGGAUCGACGGCUCCAACAAGGACACCCUGGCCCACUACUUCGAGCUGGAGUCCGAGCUGGGACGUGGGGCUACAUCCAUUGUCUACAGAUGCAGGCAGAAAGGGACCCAGAAACCUUACGCCAUCAAAAUGUUGAAGAAGACAGUAGACAAGAAAAUUGUCCGCACAGAAAUUGGAGUUCUUCUUCGCCUUUCACAUCCAAACAUUAUAAAACUGAAGGAGAUAUUUGAGACCCCUACAGAAAUCAGUCUUGUUCUGGAAUUGGUCACAGGUGGAGAACUAUUUGACAGGAUUGUGGAAAAGGGUUACUACAGUGAACGAGAUGCUGCUGAUGCUGUUAAACAAAUCCUGGAGGCAGUUGCUUACCUGCACGCAAAUGGGAUUGUGCAUCGUGACUUGAAGCCAGAAAAUCUACUCUAUGCAACACCAGCCCCGGAUGCACCACUAAAAAUCGCUGACUUUGGACUUUCCAAGAUAGUGGAAGAUCAAGUGACCAUGAAGACAGUUUGCGGAACUCCAGGGUACUGUGCACCAGAGAUACUACGGGGAUGUGCCUACGGCCCUGAGGUGGACAUGUGGUCUCUGGGGAUUAUCACCUACAUCCUACUUUGUGGCUUUGAACCAUUUUAUGAUGAAAGGGGAGAUCAGUACAUGUUUAAGAGAAUACUGAACUGUGAAUAUGACUUCGUGUCCCCCUGGUGGGAUGACGUGUCUCUGAAUGCCAAGGAUUUAGUUAAAAAGUUGAUUGUUUUAGACCCCAAGAAACGCCUCAGCACUCUACAGGCUUUGCAGCACCCGUGGGUCACAGGGAAGGCAGCAAACUUUGCACAUAUGGACAACGCACAAAAGAAACUUCAAGAAUUCAAUGCCCGGCGUAAACUUAAGGCUGCAGUAAAAGCUGUGGUGGCAUCAACUCGCCUUGGCAGUGCCAGUGCUCACAGUGCGCACGACAGCAACAAACCCAGCCGUAACCCAUCUCCCGUCCAUGACGGCAAACCUGAAGAGAAACCCACUCAGGAAGCAGAAGCAGCUCCAGAAGAAAUGUCUUAAGUCAAUGUGCUUCCCUGUUUCAGCUGAGAUCUGUCAUUCCAUACACCAGCUAACUUGUCAUUCAGCAAGAGAGGUUCGUAAGCUUGGCCUCUCUGGUUCUGCUUUGGGGUGCCAAAUGCACUGGCUGGUGAUCCUACCUUCAAUGCAUGUGACUGCUUAUGAAAAUAUUAAACUGUUCCAUAAGGCAUGUCAUGGAAACAGUUAUUUGCAGUAAUACCGGCAGGUAAAAACAUGGGGAUGAAUAACUACCUACCAUAAUGCGUAUACUUCAUAUACAUCUAUUCAGUGUUUCUAGAUGUCAUUUGAAACAAAAUACUAUUUAAUUUGGUUUUAUGGAAGUAGGUGUCUUCUGUAUGUCGUGAGUUUCUUUGAACUGCUUCCUUCCAGAUUCAUAGUGCUGCAGCAGAUGAAAUGGAAGGGAAUAUCAAGCCAAUGCUUUUAAAUCUCAUGUACAAAAUAAUGCUUUUUAUCUGUAAAAUUCAAAAAGUAUUUGGGGAUUUAUAUGCAAAAAACAUUCCACUACUUCUGGGAAGAAAUCUAAAUGUUAGUUUCACUGGGCAUGAAAAUGUACGUUCCUCAAGCUUGUGUUGAGAAUGCCUUAUUCUGACUUUUCCUGUUUAUAUACAGUAUUUUAAUGACAACCAAAAUUACUCAGAUUUCUGCCAUUUCAUUCUCUAGUAAAACGUUAGCAAAACAAAACAAUAGACUACAAGAGGAUUAGAGUAGAUGCAAAUUUGUGAAAUACCAUUAUAUUUAUUCAUUCAUUUCUAAACUGUGCAGCUAGAAGACUUUUUUAUAGGGCCUAAGGGAAUAAUCUGCAAUUGUACAAGUUGUAAAUGCUUGAAGGAAGCUAUUCCACAACUUAAGGAUUUUGCUCUGGGGAAACACACUUACAGAAGGUCUGGGAGCAAGUGGUAUAAUCUAGUUGCUUCCCAGAUAGUUUAACCUCAUGAGUAACCAGUUUCUACUUGUCAGCAUAAUUAGUCCAAAUUUUCCUACCAGAGAACACCUCCUGUAAAGUAAUCCAUCAGCACAGAUCUUGCCAUCCACCCAGAGCUCCUGUGUCUUAAGUUGAAAGCUGUGUGCAUGAAUCAGCUUGCAAAAUUAGGGUCAGGCUCUUCAGUUAUCUUGAUUUUUUUUGUUGAACAUAAUUGAUAGGAAUUGAAAAACUAACAUGCAUCAGUAUGUAUGACCAUUUACGUUUGUUUGUUAUCACUUUGACAGCAUGUGAAUUUCAUAAUGCUAUUGAUAUAUUACAGAAAUGGCAAAAAGAACCUGAUGUACAACCAUGUCAUUUGUGUUUGUUAAACUUUUUAAUACUGAUAGUUACCUAACACCCUAAUACAGUCAACAUUCCUCUCUU